AGAUAAUGAAUACUGGAACAUCAAAAAGUGAAAAUGCAGCUCAGAGAGAAAGAGCAGAUGAGUUGAAGAAUAUUGCAGAUCAAGUUUAAGAGGCUGAUUCUUAAAUCAAGCAUGGAAGAAUAAAGAACAAGAUCAUUAGACCAAAUAAUUGAGUGAAAAAGUCAAAUGAUUGAACAGUCUUAUUUUGGUCAAGGAUAAUGAAUGUAAUUGAUAUAAAAAUGAUGCUUAAAGAUUUCAUUCUCAAUUAAUGAGUUCAUAGAACACUGAAAAUUUGAACAACAGAAUGAAUGAGUAAAUAUAACAAAUGGAUUAGGGCAAUUCAAACAGUUGAAAGAAUU